AUGCAGCAGGAGAACCAACUGCUCGCCAAGGAGUUCGAGCAGAUGGCCACCACGGACCCGGCGGUGAUCCGGGACUGCGAGGAGCGCAUCAUCGAGAUCAUCAAGAUGCUCAUCGACCCGGACCUCGAGCACUUCAAGACCAGGAUCAACCAGAUCUACUCCGACCUGCAGGCCAACCACGAAUCCGAGCACGAGAUCUUCCGCAAGUGCAAGAACGUCAAGGCCGAGAUCGAAAACGUGCAGAGCAAGAUCAACGAGUGUCUCAAGCAUAUCGAGGAAAAGCGGUCUCUGGCCGAUGGGCUCAAGCGCGACCUCGAGCGCAAGGAGAGCGAGGCCGAGGAGCUCAAGAACGAGGAGCUGGCCAAGCGCGAGGAGAUUGCCAAGCUGCGCGAGGAGAGGGCUAGGAUCGACCGCGAGGGGGAGAAAAACCGCCAGGCCUUGGAAAAUAAGUACGAGAUGGAGGCCCGGCAGCAGCAGGCCCAAGACGAGAUCCGCUCGCUUGAAGACGAGAUCGAGCGGAUCAAGGAGACCAAGGAGCAGCAGGACCGGGAGAAGGCUUCCAAGGAGGAGCACAUGAAGCUGAUCAGCCAGCAGAUCAAGGACUCCUAUGAGCAGUGCACCCGGCUAAAGGCGGACAUCGAGGCCAUAAUCCGCGCAUGUGCCGGCCUGCAGGAGGAAAUCCAUAGGGUCAAGCAGGAGCGCGAUGGGCGCAACCGCGAGCUUGGCGCCAAGAGUCAGCAGCGGGCCCGUGAGCGCAGCAAGCAGGCUGCAGAGGCCUCGGAGGCAGCCGACCGCGAGCUGAGGAUGAGUGUGCGCAUGAAGGGCCAGUGCGAGCAGGAACUCAAAGACGAAGAGCGCCGCAAGCAGGAGCUGCUGGAAGAGCGGAAGGUGGCGCAGGCGGCAGCGAACAAGGAGUACAAGAAGGCAGAGGGAAAGGACUUCAAGAUGCAGCAGGCGCGGAACGAGGAGGAGAACAACCGGAAGAAGUACAUGAACGAGGUGGAGGCCUACAAGGUCGAGAACGAGAAGCUGAAGAAGGUGACAGACCAGCUGCAGCGGGAGCAGGAGAAGUACGGGAUCGAGGCCAGCCAGGCCCACGCCAAGUACUACCAGACGGUCGAGUAGGUCAAGAUCAAGAACACCCACAUCAACCGGCUCAAGCACACCAACGAGGAGUACGAGAGCAAGCUCAAGCACCAGCAGAACCUCUACGAGGCGGUCUCCUCGGACCGCAACCUCUUUUCCAAGGACCUCAACAAGAGCAAGGAGGAGACUGCGGAGCUGGUCCGCAAGUACAAGCGCAUGACCCAGGAGGUCGAGCAGCUGCGCGAGGAGAUCAAGGCCAAGGACCAGCAGCUGAUCGCCGCUGACGGGGACCUCAAGAAGAUCGAGCAGGAGAACCACGACUCCAACAACGAGCGCAUGCGGACGGACAACAUGAUCCGCCUCACCGAGGAGCUGGUCGGCCGCCAGGAGGCCACCAUCCUCGACCUCAAGAAGGUCAUCCAGGAGGCCAAGAACCAGAAGGUCAAGCAGCAGAAGGACUACGACAUGGUGGUCAACGAGCGGGACAUCCUCUGCACCCUCCUCAUCAAGCGCAACCAGGAGCUCAACGUCCUCUACGAGAAGAUCAAGCUGUCCGGCUCCAACCUGGCCAAGGGCGAGCUCCACUACAACGAAAUGCGCAAGGAGUACCUCCGGCUCCAGAGGACCCUCGCCACCCUCGAUAAUGAGCUGAGGGCCACGGAGUCCCAGGUCAGCUGCAUCGGUGACUUGAAGGCGGAAAUCGGUCGAAAGGAGAAGGACCUGCUUGGGCAGCAGGCCAAGAUCGAGUCCCUUGAAAACGAACUGACCAAGCCCAUGAACGUCCACCGCUGGCGCAAGCUCUAGGCGACAGACCAAGAGAACUUCGAGAGGAUCCUGAAGAUCCAGACCCUCCAGCGCCGGCUGAUCGCCAAGACCGAGGAGGUCCAGGAGAAGGAGAACUUCAUCCGCGAAAAGGAAAAGCUCUUCCUCGAGCUGAAGGACAUCCUCGCCCGGCAGCACGGCGUCGAGGUGCAGGACCAGCUGGCGGCCAACCGCCAGGCCCUCAAGGACAAGAAAGCCCAGCUCAAGAAGCUCAUGGCCGAGCUGGACGACGCCUCGCAGGAGGUAGACAUCCUCAAGCGCGAGAACGAGCGCACUCGCCACAAACUGGCCCGCGUCCGCAAAGACUACUUCAGGAUGCGUGACGAGGCCGAGCGCGUGGAGGAAGACAGGCAGCCCGCCGACUAG